AUGGCACUCCAAAAAGUUAUUGUGAUGCUUAUAGUGGCUGUUUCAUCUAUUUUGCUGUUUACAGCAUACCUGGCUUGGGAAGAAGAAAGUGACAUUCGACAAUUUCCACAAUUCUCACCAUCACAGUCCCCACUACCAUCGUCACCUUUUAAUGAAGAGUAUAAGAAACCACAAUGCAAUGAUGUUAAAGCAUUUCAGGGAAAACCACUUACAGGUCCUCGUACUUUUAGGAUUCGAGGUCCUCCUAAUCGUCACCUCAAAAUAUUUCACUGGCAGUACAUAUGCUUUGAAUGUAACUUUGACUGGAUAGAAUUAUCAAAGAAUCUUUGUCCUUAUCCACCAGAAUUAGUAAAUUUUUUCAAACAUCUGUUUGAGAAGCAUGUUAAACCAUCGGCACCAAGCUUGGCCUUAUGGCCCAAAGGUUAUGCACCAUGUCAUUUCUGGACUAAAUGGUUGUAUUACUCUGGAGAAAACUUUUGUGGUGGUCAAAAAUACACUUGGACGGCAAACUAUACUGAAUGGAGAGACAUUGAUAUUGUUUUUGUAGAUGCUGUAUAUUGGCUUGGCAUAGAUCAGCCGCCAUUCUACGAUAUAAUGCA